AUGUUUAGACGGCUCAUGUCCACCGUUUCGGUGGAAUAUGUCAACUCUCCGAGCUUCCAACUGCCGCCGAAAUCCCGUCUUGUCAGCGGAAUUCAGCCCACCGGAGCGUUCCACCUGGGCAACCAUCUGGGAGCCACCAAGACCUGGCACACCAUCUCUGAAAAAUUGGACUCGUCCUCGUCAAUGAUCCUUUUUGUGGCCGACCUGCACUCGCUGACGGUGCCGCAGGACUACGCGCGCUUGAAAACACAGCGGUUCGAGGCAUUGGCGUCGGUUCUGGCGUGCGGAAUCGACCCGGAAAAGGUCACCGUGUACCACCAAUCUGCCGUGCCUGAACAUACCCAGUUGCAAUGGAUCCUGUCCUGUUUCUCAGGGAUGGGCUAUCUCAACCGGAUGACCCAAUGGAAGGCGAAGUCCGACCUCAAGACAGACGUCCAGAUCCAGGACCAGCUCGGAGCUGUCAGACUCGGUCUGUUCACGUACCCCGUGCUGAUGGCAGCAGACGUGCUGCUCUUCAACUCUACCCACGUCCCAGUAGGUCAGGACCAGGUCCAGCACCUGGAAUUUACCAGAGACCUUGCCGCGGUGUUCAACAAACAAACCAAAUCCAACUUCUUCACGCUGCCGCGGACUCUGAUGGCUCCGACCAACAAGAUCCUCAAUCUGAGAGACCCGGCCAAAAAAAUGUCCAAGUCAGAUCCAGACCCGCUGACCAAGAUCCUGAUCACCGAGGACGCUAACUCGAUCCGUACAAAGAUCAUGAAGGCCACCACGGACUCCAUAGAAGGCCCGCUGACGUUCGACCCGGAGUUGCGUCCGGGAGUGUCUAAUUUGAUCACCAUCUACUCCAGCAGUAUUGGCAAGACCAUCGACGAGGUGCUGCCAGAGAUCCAAAACUUGGACAAACGAAGUCUCAAGGAACUGGUGGCCGACGUUGUGGUGAAAGAACUCGCCGAACCAACAAGACGCUACAACGAACUGAUCAAAGACCAAGAUUACCUGUAUAAACUGGCCGCCCAAGGAGCAGAGAAAGUCCGUCCAUUGGCCAAUAACAACCUCAAACAGAUCUACAAGAUCGUUGGUAUGGACAUGGACAGAUAA